AUGCGAAAAUCGAAAACAAGAAAACCUCCCCCACUAUACGUUGAAACGUACUCGAGAGAAUCAUCACCGCGUUGUUCAUCCGUCAUUUCGGACUGCGACGCCGACGACGAGGGCUUCAUGUCGUCAGGAGAAUAUUUACCGUCGAGUUCGAGAUCUCUAAAUCUUUCGAUCCCACCUGGCCCUUAUUGUCCAAGGCGGCCAACGUUACAAGAGGUCUUGUCGGAUGCUGCACCUCCACCAUGGACUUUGAGCGCCUUCAUGGCAUACCUGUCACAAAAUCAUUGCCACACACGGCAGAGAUCCAUACUCACCACUAUCCCAACCGAUCAAGAUUCCGAAUAUGUACGAAUGUUAUGGCGAAAGUUGUUGGAUGCAUAUAUCGCGCCAAAUGGGCCACGAGAAGUGAAUUUACCUUCUGAUGUUAGGGAUCGACUAAUGCAUUUACCGAACAUAUACGAGGCGCCAGACCCAAGAGAAUUGGACCAAGCUGUUAAGAUCAUAUAUGAGCUGAUGGACGAAUCUGUAUUGGUUCCAUUCCUGAAUUCAAUUGCUCCUCCAUCACGUGCCUCCGAACACAGCCCGUGGGCCUCGAAUGAGUCAUUUGUUGACGCUGCUGCCAUGGCCGAAUCGUUGGAUGAGCGAUCCAUGUCUCAUUCUCGACUACGCACGAGAAAGGGAAGUCCGCCUCUCAGUGGAGAUAAGAUAUCUCAUUCUCACAGCCUUCCAUCGCAAAGACCACCUCAACAUCCACAUCUUACCGCUGCAUUAGGUCGCGUAACUUCUGCUCGCUUGUCAACAUUCAUGUCUGGAUCCUCGGGAACCUCCUCGAUCGAAUCUGAAAGUCUCACAGACGAUACUGAUUCGCCAUCUCCAAUGGAACCAAUAACUCCUCCAACAACCCCACCCACUUCAGAUACUGGUUUCGUAAGUGAUUCGCCUGGAACUAGCCCACGUCAUUCUCGUGAAGGGAGUGUUAGCUGGAAGAAGAUGGGUGCGAAGCUCGGUUUCAAGAAGAGUCGAUCUGCACAUGGAUCGACAAGUAGUUCGCGACGCCACAGCGUCGCGUCACCACUUUCUGAUGCUUUUUCUAAUAUUCCUUGCUCGAUGAAUCGACCAAUCGAAAAUCCCAUGAACAACUCCACCUUGACAAAGAAGGCAUCGCAGCCUCGCGUUGACACAACACUGAAAUCAACUCAAGGAGCAUCACCAUUUAUGGUCGCGCAUCCCGGUUCACCAGUUGAUGUUUCUGGACGUCGGCCUUCGCUCGUUGCAAACCUGGCAUCAAUGCAUGUCCCAGACUUGGGCAAACAUAGAAGAGGGAGGAGUAUGAGUAGAGGUAUUGGAGAGAAUGACGUGGCCGCAAAACUGGGGUCAGCUGUAAAUGAGAAGGAGAUGGCCAAAGCGAAGAUGAUGCAAGUUGCAGGCUCGCCGUUCUAUAUUCCAGCGAAGGUGAUUGAACGAGAGGAACCAAGAAAGUCUUCAGAAACGACAACUACCGAUACUGAAGUUCAUGCGGACUUCGACUUCGAGGGAGAUAAUGGUACUUGGAUUUCAGCACACUCGGAAGCUCACUCAUCGAGGACAAGCCUAGCAACGACUACUUCGUCAACUAGUACUAUCAUGGACGAUCGGUCUCCCGACGAAUCACUAUUAGCCGAUACCAGCAUCGUGUGUUCUUCUGCUAGUAGUAUCUAUUCCUGUUCGACUGUCAGCAGCAAUUCUUGUGCAAGCAGUGCCAGUGCCGAUAUAUAUGGUUGGGAAGAAGAACUCAAACGAAAAAGUAGCGAAGGUUCCCCAACAUGGGAUCACCGAAGUGAGCUUGGAGCUGCCAUGAGACGUCUUCCAAGUGGUGGUAGAACAAUGGGCCCUCGUACCGAAUGUUCCGGAGGAGUCCAACAACUUUCUUAUAAACGCGCUGAUGGAAAGAGAAAGAGUUUGUUGUAUCGCGUAUUGAAUAUUUCGUCGACCAAAAGACUUAAUGAUGAGAUACCGCCGGUACCAACAAUGCCUUCUUUUCAUUCGAUACAAAAUGAUGCAGCUGGAAGGGCUUCACCUUAA